AUGGCUCAGUUCCAGCAGGACACCAGAGCAGACAUGAAAGAUAUGGAGGUUCGAAUAAGCCAAAUGGCAACUGCCAUCAAUCGCCUGGAAUCCCAUGCUCAUGGGAAAUUGCCAUCGCAACCCGAGGUAAAUCUCAGGAAUGUGAGUGCCAUGACACUGAGGAGUGGCAAGGAAUUGGAGGAAUCUAAAGUGGAGAAUGCGAAAAGCAAAAGCGAGGAGGAAAUAGAAAAAGAAAUUGAAGAGGAAGGACGCAUUCGCGAGGAUCCUAAGAUAUCGAAGUACGCCAAGUUUUUGAAAGAUUUGUGCACCCACAAAAGGAAGCUAAGGGGUGACGAAAGAGUAGCGGUGGGAGAAAACGUGUCAUCUAUACUCCAAAAGAAACUCCCACCAAAUUGUGGAGACCCAGGUAUGUUCACCAUUCCCUACAAAAUAGGAGGUACCCCAAUUAGGAAAGCGAUGUUGGAUUUGGGGGCGUCAAUUAAUGUUAUGCCUAAGACAAUUUAUGUCUCCUUUAAUCUUGGGCCAUUAAAAGGCACGGAUAUUAUAAUCCAACUAGCAGACCGUACCAACGCUUACCCAGAGGGGUUAGUUGAAGAUGCUUUGGUACAGGUCAAUGAGUUAGUCUUUCCUACAAAUUUUUAUGUCCUAGAUAUGGGGGAUGAGAGGUCAUUAAAUCCGUCACCUAUUUUGCUAGGUAGACCAUUUUUAAGCACUGCUAGGACAAAAAUAGAUGUGAAUGAGGGUACUUUGUCGAUAGAGUUUGAUGGUGAAAUUGUAAAUUUCAAUAUCUUUGAUGCGAUGAAAUACCCGGAUGAGGCUAACUCUGUUUUUGCUUUGAGUGUUAUUGAACCCCUUAUACAGGACACAUUUGAAUUGGAUGGGGAUGAUGCACUGGCAGUGGCAUUGGCCAGACAUCUUGAGAUGGGAGCAACUCUUGAUGUAGAAAUAAGUGAUGAGUUAUACCGAGCAGUUGAAGCACUGCAUUCGCUCCCAUCACUUUCUCCAAGGUAUGAGCUUACUUUUCUCUUUAUAUCGGAAACUCAGGCGAAAUUGUUGCCUUCUGUUGUGCAGGCACCUGAGUUGGAGCUCAAGCCUCUCCCAAAGCACUUGAAGUAUGCAUUUCUCGGAGACAAUGAGACGCUACCAGUCAUCAUAUCUUCUCACCUGUCACCAAGGCAAGAAGACAACCUUAUUCGUCUUCUUCGAGAUCAUAAGGAGGCGAUUGGGUGGAGCAUAGCAGACAUCAAGGGAAUUAGCCCCUCCUUGUGCAUGCAUCGGAUCCGGCUUGAGGAUGAUGCAAAGCCGGUAAGACAGGCGCAACAGAUAUUGAACCUACUAAUGAUGGAAGUGGUAAAGAAGGAUAUACUUAAACUACUGGAAGUAGGAAUCAUUUUCGCCAUCUCAGACAGUCCAUGA